GAUCUCUUCCACCACACUCGAGAACAGAGCCAUGUUAGAAGGUAAAGCUGUUGUUGGUGAGACUGACAUGCUUCAAACCAUGCAGCAGGAUGCACUUCACUUAGCUGCAAAGGCCCUUGAUAUUUUUGAUGUCACGGAGUCCACUGAUAUUGCCCGCUUUAUUAAAAAGGAUUUUGACAUGCUCCGUGGACCAGGAUGGCAAUGCAUAGUAGGGACAGAAUUUGGUUCCUUUGUGACCCAUUACCAUGGCUGCUUCAUCUACUUCAACAUUGGCAGUAUUGCAAUUAUGCUAUUCAGGUGUGCUGUAAAUCAAGUGGACGAAGCAAACGUGUUUCCAGCUCUGGAUUGAUGAAUAGGCUUUGUUUUUAUUGUAUCUUUUUC